AUGUUCCACUUGUCUUAAAUGGAUUAAAUAUUUUUAAAAUCUUUAGCAGAUGUUGUUAGAACAUCAAGGACUACUUCUCAAUAUGAUAAGUUAACAUUUACAACCUAAACAAUAGCAGAUAUAAAAAAUGAAAUAUAAAGUAGAUAGGAAUCAGUCAGAUAUUAAGCCUUGUUAAAAUUAUUCUUUGUAAAUAAAUAAUUCUAUUAAUUAGUUAGCUAUGGAGGGAAAUAACAUAAGAUGGGCAGAAUUUCAAAUAAUAAAUUUAAUGGGAAGCGGAGAUUUUUAAUUAAAAUUGGGUGCUUAAUUAGCAGCACAUUUAGUAAUUGAUAAUCAAAGUUAAGGUUUAAUUAUGGUUACUAAUGUUUUUAUAAAAGAAUUUAAAUGUGGUCAUGUAGAAUGCUCUACUACUUUGAGUUGUUUAGGCACUAUUGCAAAUAAAGAUUUAUCAGAUAAUUUGUUAACACAUGUUUUAAAACUUACUACUAAUACAAAACCAUUAAUAAGAAAAAAGGCAAUAGCAGUUUUAUCUAAAAUUUUCACAAUAAAUCCCAUGAAUAUUUCUGGAAAUUUAGAGAUGGUCAUAUAAUAAUUACAGAAAGAGACAAAUAUCUCAGUAUUAGCCUGUGGUAUUAGUUUGUUUUGUUCAGUUUUAAAAGUGGCACCAAAACUUUAUCCUUUAUUUUUAUCAAUUGUUUAUGAUCAAAUAUCUAAAUAAAAAUCAAAUUGGUUACUAAUUAAAUUAGUUAGAAUAUCAAAUAAAUUGAUAUCUUUAGAACCUAGAUUUUAAGGAAAGCUAAUUGAACAUUAUACAAGAUUGUUAAAUUAGACUAAUUCAAAAUCAUUAUAAUAUGAAUUAAUAUAUUCAAUUAUGAAGUAUUUUAAAAAUCAUUCUUAACUUUAUGAAAGUGCUGGGGAUAUAUUAAAAUAAUUUUUAAAUCAUUAAGAUCCUAAUUGUAAUUUUAAAUUAUCAUUAUUUAGUGAGAUGUUUAGGAUUAGAAUGUUUGACACAUAUAUCAACAUCUGCUGGUUUAAUGGAGUUUUAAGAAUAAAUUUUAGAAAGUUUUAAAAAAAGUGAUUAUUUUUCAAAAUUGUAAAUUUUACAGUUGUUCAAAGAUUUUACAAAUUAGCAAAACUUUUAAACAGUGAUUGAAUUCUUUUUGAAACAUUCAGAUUUGGAAAGCAAUCAUAAAAUUAUUGAAUCAUUGAGUAAAUAAUAUAUUGAUAUUUUAGUAUUUAUAAUAACAAAAGAUAAAUUUAUAAAUGUAGAUGAUCCUGAGAAAUUAUUACUUAUUUAUAUUCCAGUAAUAGCGCAGAAAAUAGAUACGAUAGAUAAUGCUAUUAGAUUUAAAGAAAUGUUAUUUGAAUUAUUAACCAGAGUUCCUGGAUUAAAAGUAUAUUCAGAUUAACUAUGUAAUUAAAUACUGUAAACAUAUGCUACAUAAUCUGAUUCAUUGUAAGGACCAACUUUGAAUAUCGUUUAGAGACACACUUAAUUAAAAUACUCUUUAAAUCAUAGAGAAAUUAUUUUUAAAUCUUUAAUUAUGAUAGUUGGUGAAUCAGUUAAAUUAUUAAAAUUAGAAGCAUUAACUAAUAUAAUUUAAUUUUUGGAAUAAUUGAAUAUUUUGAAUUGUUAUGAAUCGUCAUUGUCUGAUAUAGAUUCAUUAUUAUUCAAAAUAUAUAUCUAAAUUAUCAAAACUGAUCCUUAAAAUGAAAUUAUUCCUUAAAUUGAAUAACUUAUUAAAAAUAUUUACAAUAAGUUACAUAAUAUUUCAAUUGUCAAAAUUUCAUUUUUUUAUGAGUCUUUAAUUCAAAAUAAAUCAAAAGAUUAACUAUAAGAAUUGUAAAAUUUAUAUGAAGAAGAUUUACCACCAAUUAAUUUAGAAGUAUUUAUUUACUUUGAUAUUAUAAAAGGCUUAAAAAUUUAUAAAGCCACCUGAAGGAUUAGACUUAUCUAAAUCAUUUUAAAUAGAUAUAGAAGAGAUUGAAAAAAUUAAAAACACAAAUAGUGAAUAUAUCGAAUAAAAACAAUUAAUUUAAUAAUAAUAGUAAUAAUAAUAAUCAGAUUCGAAUUAAAAAGAAUAAGAAGAUUAGAACAAUCAAAUUGAGAGGAGAUAAGAAAACGAAGAAGAAUUAAAACAAUUUAAUAAUAAAGUUGAUCCAAGUCCUAAAAAAGUUUUUAAAAUAAAUAGAGAUGAAGAAUUACCACCAGGAAUAGACUAGAAUGAUAUCAAAAAAUUUAAGGAAGAAGAAUGA